AACCAACCUAACAAGGUUUAGAUAGCAGAGCAGCUGCAAUUGUCAUGCGCGCGGUGAAGAAUGUGGUUACCACAGGAAGAACAACAGUUUGCACCAUUCAUCAGCCGAGCAUUGACGUCUUUGAGGCUUUUGAUGAGUUGAUUCUAAUGAAAAGGGGAGGAAUGAUUAUGUAUUCAGGAAUGCUCGGUCACCAUUCAUGUAAGCUUAUCGAGUAUUUCGAGGGUAUUUCAGGUGUGCCAAAGAUCAAAGAUAACUACAAUCCAGCAACAUGGAUGUUGGAGGUUACUUCUGCAUCGAUGGAAUCAGAACUUGACUUAGAUUUCGCAAAACUUUAUAAGGAGUCUCCUCUGUACCAGGAGACGACUGAGAUGGUCCAACAGUUGAAUAAACCUCCUCCAGGUUCAAGAGACCUGCAGUUUUCCACUCCUUUUCCACAGAGUAGAUGGGAGCAGUUUACAGCAUGCUUAUGGAAGCAACACUUGUCCUACUGGAGAAGUCCUGAGUACAACUUGUCACGAUUCAUCGUCAUGAUCGUUGCAUCGCUGUUGUUUGGAAUAGUCUUUUGGCAGAAGGGAAAGGAAAUAAACAACGAGCAAGACUUGAUCAACAUACUUGGAUCAAUGUACACUGCUGUAAUAUUCCUGGGCUUAAACAACUGUUCAACGGUUGUACCAUACGUGGCAACAGAGCGGACCGUAUUGUACCGUGAGAAAUUUGCAGCAAUGUAUUCCCCAUGGGCUUAUUCAUUAGCACAGGUGACUAUCGAAAUACCUUACGUUCUAUUGCAAGCAUUUUUGUAUGUAGCCAUCACAUAUCCAACAAUUGGGUACUACUGGUCAGCCUCCAAAGUCUUUUGGUACUUCUAUGUAACCUUCUGCACAUUUCUCUACUUUGUUUUUCUCGGAAUGCUGCUAGUUUCAAUGACACCAAGCGUCGAAGUAGCUUCCAUAUUGGCUACCGCAGUCUACACCAUAUUAAAUCUAUUCUCAGGCUUCCUUCUGCCGGGAAAGAAAAUUCCCAAGUGGUGGAUUUGGUGCUAUUACCUCUGCCCCACAUCAUGGUCCCUAAAUGGUUUUCUCACAUCACAGUAUGGAGACAUUGACAAGGAGAUCUCCGUAUUUGGGGAGCUCAAGACAGUAAGUUCCUUUCUACAAGAUUAUUAUGGCUUUCGAUAUGAUCACUUGGGCAUUGUGGCUGCUGUUCUCGCUGCGUUCCCAGUUGCUUUCGCUUUUCUAUUCGCAUAUUGCAUAGGGAAAUCAAAUUUUCAGAGACGAUGAAGGAAGAUCCAUACAAUCAUUUUGAAUUUCAAAUAUUUUCAUGUACAAUAAAAGAUCAAGCCAUUAUGGGUCGUGCCACGCUAGCUCUCGUGCUAGAAAACCUUAGCCCAGUCUCGACACUAUUUAUUGAUGUGUCUGUCGGCUUGUGCUGUGCUUGGGUUGGUCCGACAUAGCAAUCAUCAUUAUCAUUAUUCCAUUAAAGAAAUUACAUAAUAUAUUUAAGCAGCAGAGAAGAGCACUCUUGUAACAAGAGAAGAUCUUGAACCAUGGUAUGUAUUUGGCAAGAAAGUGAAUUGCACCCACUAGUUAAUUAA